AUGCAGGCGGCGGAGCAAAAUAUGGAUUCAGUGGUGCUUGUCAAUCUCAUCGAGGCUACUGUGAUGUUUGGGAACUUGGUGGUUAAAGAUGUGCAUGCUUUUGUGAUCAAGGGUGGGUUUGAAUGUCAGGAGGAUCUGGCCGCAUCCUUGGUAAACCUGUAUGCGAAGUGUCGGGAUAUUUUGUCUGCUAGAGAGGUAUUUGAUUCGAUUCACUGCAAGAAUGUAGUGCUAUGGACUUCAAUGCUAAAUGGAUAUGUUGAAUGUGGUUGUCCGGAUAAUGCUACGGCAAUGUUAGAUAGCAUGUUGUGUGCAAAUGUAGAGCCAAAUAAAGCAACUGUUAUAGCAGUUAUUUCAGCAUGCGCUAAUUUGGGAUCUGCUAAUCUUGGCGAAAGGGUUGAGGAGCAUGUCAUAGCUAUGGGACUACAAUCAGAUCUGCAGGUUUCUACUGGACUAAUAGACAUGUACUGCAAGUGUGGUAGCAUUCAGCGCGCUAGAAAAAUAUUUGAUGGUGUCACCUGUAGAGAUUUAGCUGUCUGGAGUUCCAUGAUCAAUGGAUAUGCUUGCAAUGGACAAGGCAGUGAGGCUGUCACCCUUUUCAACGAGAUGCAAAACGGUGGUGUUCGACUAGAGGCAAUUGUCUUCACUCAUGUUCUAACAGCAUGCAACCAUUCUGCUUUAAUUGAUGAAGGUCUUCACUGCUUUCAUAGCAUGAUGGUGGAAUAUGGUAUCGAACCAUCUACUGAACAUUAUAUGUGCAUGGUUGAUUUGCUUUGUAAAGCUGGUGUUGUUAGUUGUGCUAUGAAGUUCUUUAAGCAGAUGCCAGUUCAAAUGCGAAAGCAGGUUUUGGCUCCUCUUAUUAAUGCACACAGUGCUCAUUGUGCCGAUUCAUCCAUAGAAUUUGUAUCGGAGGAACUACUCAACAUGGAUUCCCAAAACUCUGGCCACUGUGUCCUAAUCCCUAGUUGUUUAGGGAAGUGCAAGAAGGCCAGAAAUUAUAGGGCGCUAAUAAGAAAGCAAGGAUUAGUCAAGGAACCUGGGUGGAGUUACAUCGAGCUGGGUGGCUAA